AGCCGCUGCUCGUCCCCCGGCGCCGAGGCGGGGCCCUGGCGGAGCCGCGCGGUGCCGAGCCGAGCCGGGCCGGGCCGGGCCGGGCGGGCACAUGCAGGGCACGGCGCGGCGGCGGCCCUUCCCGGUGGCGGCCCCGGGCUCCCCCCAGCCCGCCGGGCCGCUCUACCCGGGCAGACAUGGAGCGGUCAAGAACGAGGACACCUUCAAGACCUCCCCGUUUCACUUUGACCUGUGGUUCUACUUCACUCUGCAGAACUGGGUGCUGGACUUCGGGCGUCCCAUCGCGAUGAUAAUCCUACCUUUGGAGUGGUUUCCUCUAAACAAACCAAGCGCCGGCGAUUAUUUCCACAUGGCUUACAAUGUUAUCACACCGUUUCUUCUGCUAAAGCUCAUUGAGAGAUCCCCCAAGACCUUACCGAGAUCAAUGGUCUAUGUCAGCAUCAUCAUGUUUGUCAUGGGAGCCAGCAUCCACUUGGUCGGGGACUCCGUAAACCAUCGCUUGAUUUUCAGUGGCUACCAGCACCAUCUAUCUGUAAGAGAGAAUCCCAUCAUCAAGAACCUGAAGCCAGAGACACUGAUUGAUUCCUUUGAGCUGCUGUACUACUACGAUGAGUAUUUAGGUCACUCGAUGUGGUAUAUCCCUUUUUUCCUGAUACUGUUUAUAUAUUUCACCGGCUGCUUCACCCCUGUUGAAGAGGAGAGCAGGAUGCCAGUGGCUGCCUUGCUUCUGAUGGGGCCCAGCAGCCUUUAUUACUGGUACCUCGUGACGGAGGGUCAGAUCUUCAUCCUCUACAUUUUCACUUUCUUUGCCAUGAUGGCUUUAGUGAUGCACCAGAAACGCAAAGGACUUGUCCUGGACAGCAAUGGGCUUUUUCUCUUCUACUCCUUCAUCAUAACACUGGUCCUCAUUGCUCUUUGGGUGGUUUGGCUGUGGAAUGACAAAAUUCUCAGGAAGAAGUACCCUGGUGUGAUCUACAUCCCCGAGCCGUGGGCAUUUUACACACUGCACAUGAACAACCUACAUGCAGCAAAGGAAAGUUUAUAAGUUUUGAUAUUUUAGAGUGAUUUGAAGAAAAAAAAUAUCUAGUUUUUCUAAUGUAGAUGUAUUUCAAAUAAAUUCCUGACCAACACUG